AAAUUGUUCAAUCCGCAUUUCAUUUCAAUUUCAGACGUUACUUUCUUCUUCUUCUUCUUCGUCUUCACCGUUUUUCUCUCCCUGUGAAAUCUCUGUUCUUAUUUAAUUUCUUUCACUGGCGCCGGAGAUGAAGGCCGUAAGCUUCUUAUCGCCGAUCUUCUUUUUCUCGUUCAGUGAAGUGGCUCUUUACUCCUCCAGAUUUUCCUCCGAUCGAUGAGUGUCACUGUCGAACCCCCGCGCCUUUCUUCUCUCUCUCAGAUCUCCGACUGGUUUUCUUCUGCUGCUAUAGAUAACUGAUUGCAGAUAUUUGAUUAUGUGCGGUGGUCCAGAAAAAUCCAAUUCCGCAUCUACUACUACAUCAGCAAGCUCACCUAAUCCCAAAGACAUGAGUCAUUUAACUGUUGAUUGUGAGGAUUCUUUUUAUAGUUUACUGGAGCUUGCAUCAGACAACGAUGCCGAAGGCUUCAAGCGUUUGAUGGGGUCUGAUUUGUUAUCACUAAACAAGUCUGGGCUCUGGUAUGUUCGCCAAAAAGGCUCAAAACAAGUUGUUCAUGAGCAUAGAACGCCCCUGAUGGUUGCUGCAACAUAUGGUUGUGUUGAUGUUCUGAAACUUAUACUAUCAUAUCCUGAGGUUGAUGUUAAUCUCUCAUCUGGCACAGACAAAAGCACGGCUCUCCACUGUGCUACCUCCAGUGGAUCUGUGAAUGCAGUCGAUAUUGUUGAUUUACUUUUGUCUGCUGGUGCUGACCCAAACGCGAAGGAUAUUAAUGGCGAUCGCCCUGUGGAUGUCAUUUUUGUUCAUCCAAAGUUGCAGAAGCAGAAUACAAUGUUCAGGCUUGAGGAACUUCUCAAUAAUCAUUCAAAUGGGUCCAUGGAUGUUUCCUGUUUACGUUUGUCAAUCAAAAUGCCUGAUUCAGGGUCACCACCACUUUCCUCAUCGUUGGAGGAUGAAUUUCCAUCUCCACCCAAGUCAAUGUCUUCUCCCAAAUUUACUGAUGGGUUUGCAACUACAAAGGAAAAGAAAGAAUAUCCAAUUGAUCCAUCACUUCCUGACAUCAAGAACAGCAUAUAUGCAACUGAUGAGUUUCGCAUGUUCUCUUUCAAGGUGAGGCCUUGUUCUCGGGCGUAUUCCCAUGAUUGGACUGAGUGUCCUUUUGUCCACCCAGGGGAGAAUGCUCGCAGAAGAGAUCCAAGAAAGUUUCACUACAGCUGUGUUCCUUGCCCAGACUUCAGAAAAGGGGCUUGUAGGCGUGGGGAUAUGUGUGAAUAUGCUCAUGGAGUAUUUGAGUGUUGGCUUCACCCAGCUCAGUAUCGAACUCGUCUUUGCAAGGAUGGCACGAGUUGCAAUAGGCGGGUCUGUUUCUUUGCUCACACAAAUGAAGAACUAAGGCCACUAUAUGUGUCUACUGGAUCUGCUGUUCCUUCCCCACGAUCCAUUGGGUCUGCUCCAACUGUAAUGGAUAUGGCUACUGCAUUGGGUCUUCUGCCUGGAUCCCCAUCAUCAGUAUCAGCUUUAUCUCCAUCUCCAUUUGCUCAGUCCAUGUCUCCCUCUUCUAAUGGCGUUUCUCACUCUUCUGUGAACUGGCAGCAACCAAAUGUACCAACUCUUCAUCUUCCAGGAAGUAACCUUCAAUCCAGUCGGUUAAGAUCAUCUCUGAAUGCCAGGGAUAUGCCUCUAGAGGAUUUUAAUGUCUUGCCAAACUUUGACAACCAGCCACGAAUUUUGAAUGAUAUUAACUGUUUCUCUCAGCCUCGUCCGAGUGCCAUUUCUGUGAGCCGAUCUGGCUGGACCCAAACUCUAACUCCUAACAAUCUUGAAGAGCUAUUUUCUAAUGAAAUCCCUUUGUCUCCCCGAUUCUCUGAUCCAGCCACCAAUGUCUUUUCCCCUACUCGCAAAUCGACAUUACUAAACCAAUUUCAGCAGCAGCAGCAGAACAUGUUAUCACCUAUAAAUACAAGCAUUAUGUCUCCUAAGACUGCUGAUCAGCCUUUGUUGCAGGCCUCUUUUGGAGUGUCAUCGCCGGGAAGGAUGUCGCCUAGAAGCACAGAGCCACUGUCUCCAAUGGGAUCUAGGUUUUCUGCUUUUGUACAGCGUGAAAAGCAACAUCUCCGCAGUCUCAGCUCAAGGGAGCUUGGAUCCAAUGUCCCAAGCUCGUUGAUUGGAUCUCCUGUCAAUUCUUUGCCUAAAUGGGGGUCCCCCAAUGGAAAGGUGGAUUGGUCAGUUGGUAAGAAUGAACUGGGUCAACUGCGUAGAUCAUCUUCUUUCGAGAUCGGAAAUAACGGGGAGGAGCCUGACUUAUCAUGGGUUCAAUCCCUGGUGAAGGAAUCCCCGCCUGAGAUGCUAAGAGAGAAGUCGGCCGCGCCCAGGAUGGGUGGUGCUGCAGCAUCCGGUGAGGGUCUAACUUCUACUAAAUCACAAUUAGAAUCCACUGAUCAUUCUGUGAUAGGAGCUUGGCUUGAGCAGAUGCAGCUUGAUCAGCUUGUAGUGUAGCACAACAAAGAACAUAAAGCCAUUUUCAUUUUACUCAUCAA